CAUAUAUCGGCGUGAGUAUUGGAGAAGGCGCGCUGAUGAUCGGCCGUGAUUUUUUUUUAUCAAGAUAUAAUGCUGGGAAGUUAAAGUUACUACUCAUUUCUAUCUAUGCGUGAGGCGAGUUGUGUCCUCUGCAUCAUGAAGUGAUGAGGUGGAAUACGAGAUCUAGAGCCGGUCUACGCUAAUGAGUGGACGGAUUACCAGUAUAGAAAAGCAGCAUUACGUUAAGAAUUGAUUUAUUUGCCCGCCAUCAGUGAUACGGGAUGGCAGCGGGCUCUGGUAAUAUAAGUAAUCGCUUUACUUAUUUUAAAAUAUGGAGACUGCACUAGGAUCUGUUCCGGAAGAAUGAUGGGGGUGAUUUUUCCUCUUUGGGCGUCGUUUGCUGAAAAGAUAUUGGUAUUACUCGUGGUGUUUUUAUUGCGAGUACGCGCCGAGAACCCGGCUCUGUCAGCAUACAUUCCAGGGGAGAUAAUCAUAGGGGGACUGUUUCCUAUACACCAGAAAAGUUCCGGGGACCGAAGUAUAUGUGGUGAGAUCAAUAUGGACCGAGGAGUUCAGAGAGCAGAGGCUAUGUUAUUUACAAUAGAUGAAAUCAACCGAAAUCCCAAAGUUCUUCCGAAAAUUACAUUAGGCGCCAAAAUUUACGACACUUGCGCUCGAGGAACCUAUGCGUUAGAGCGUUCGUUGGAAUUUAUUCGUGGAUCUUUUACAUCUAUAGGUUCGUCCGAUUUCUUCUGUGACGAUGGCACGAAAGCAAAGGCCAACUACACUUUCGAGAAUGUUGCCGGCGUCAUAGGUGGUUCGUACAGUAGUGUGUCCAUCCAAGUGGCGAAUCUUUUGCGGCUUUUUAAGCUACCGCAGAUUAGCUACGCCUCGACGAGUGCGGAUUUGAGCGAUAAAGCCCGGUAUGACUAUUUCUCAAGGACAGUGCCUCCGGACGAUUUUCAGGCCAAGGCUAUAGUGGAUAUUGUCGAAUUUUUCAACUGGACAUACGUUUCAACCGUCGCCUCAGAAGGGGACUACGGACAGUCCGGCAUUGAUGAAUUCAAAGAAAAAGCAGUGGCGCGAAAUAUUUGCAUUGCAGAAUCUAUUAAGAUAUUGUCCAAUUCUAAUCCAUCGACUUUCGAUGAUGCGAUCACAAAGUUAUUAGCGAAAGAGAAUGCGAAAAUAGUUGUGUUGUUUUUGCGUAUAGAGGACGCGACGCACCUUUUGGAUGCAGCAAGACGAAGUGGGGUUGGCUCUAGGUUUGUGUGGAUUGCUAGUGACGCAUGGGGGACGCAAGAAAAACCCGUCUUACAGAAUUCAUGGGUGGCAGAGGGGGCACUAACAAUUGAAUUACAAUCUUCAUUUAUUCCUCCUUUUAAUGAUUAUUUUCUGUCUUUGAACCCUCUUAACAAUGUAAGAAACCCAUGGUUCAAAGAAUACUGGACAUCAGCUCAUAACUGCUCAUUUAAAGUCAGUCAAGGCGAAAGAGCAAAAUGUACCGGAAGUGAAAAAUUAUCUACGGGAACAUUCAAACAAGAAACCAAAGUACAGUUCAUUUAUGACGCAGUGUAUGCAAUAGCUUUGGCGAUUGACGCAAUGCACAAGGCGUCUUGUACCACCGAGGAACUGUGUGAUGAUAUGCGUCAAAUAAAUGGGAUGAUUCUCAGAGAAUACAUUCUAAACACCACAUUUAAUGACGGUUACGGCGCCUUUGUGAAAUUUGAUGAAAAAGGGGACGCUAUGGGUAGAUACAAUAUAAUGAACUUUCAGAAGAACAAGAAGACCGGUUCCUACCAGUAUAAGGUGGUCGGAAGCUGGACAGACAGACUGACGAUAGACACAGACAAGAUUGUCUGGGCCGGUAAAACAAGAGAAGUCCCGUCGUCAAGGUGUAGUCGCCCCUGUGAGUUCAACGAAUUCAAAUUUGUCGGGAAAGAUGGCGACACAUGUUGCUGGGCAUGCAUCAAGUGCCAAGAGUGGGAGUAUCUCAAAGACGAGUUUACUUGUGUAGACUGUGGAGAAGCCAUGUGGCCCAAUCCGGAUAAACGUGGCUGUCACCGACUUCCGGAACAGUACAUCAGUAUACUAUCUGUGUACGCCCUAGUUCCGGUCGUUCUCUCUUGUGUCGGUCUGAUUGCGACUUGCAUCGUCAUCGUCACGUUUCUGCAACAUAACGACACCCCGGUUGUCAUGGCAUCAGGACGCGAACUUAGUUACAUGUUGCUAGGGGGUUGCGUGCUGUGUUAUUUGGUGACCUUCGUCCUGAUCGCUCGCCCCUCCACGAUUACCUGCGCUAUCCAGAGAGCUGGGAUAGGGUUGGGGUUUUCAGUCAUUUACUCCUCACUUCUCACAAAGACUAACCGAAUAUCUCGCAUAUUCGACAGUGCUAGAAGGUCGGCCAGACGACCUCCAUUCAUUAGUCCAAAGUCCCAGAUUGUGAUCACCUUAGUACUCAUAUCAAUACAGGUGCUAUUCAGCAUUGUAUGGCUGGUCCUAGAGCGACCAGGGACUAGACUGUAUACCCCAAAAAACAAACGCAAUGAAGUGAUCCUAAAGUGUAAGACAGACGAUAUCUCGUUCCUGGUUUCCUUGUUGUACAACAUCAUCCUGAUCAUCGUGUGUACUCUUUAUGCCAUCAAGACGAGGAAGAUCCCGGAGAACUUCAACGAGUCCAAGUUCAUUGGCUUCGCCAUGUAUACCACCUGCAUCAUUUGGCUGGCCUUCGUGCCUAUUUACUUUGGGACUUUAAACUCCUUCGAGGUACAAAUCACCACUCUAUGUAUUUCCAUUAGCCUGAGCGCCACCGUGGCGCUUGUAUGCCUCUUCACACCAAAAAUGUACAUCAUCGUCUUCCAGCCGGAGAAAAACGUCAGGCGUCUCACCAUGAACUCAGCCAGCUACAAAAAGCCCGUCACAAAUACCUCCUCUGUGUUAGGAGCCAACAAUCAUGAUAGUUACACUGACGAAAGAAUCAAGCUGAAUGUGAAUUACGAUGAACGACAUGGCGUUAGAACUGUUCCGGUUCCGGUUUCAAAAACAAAUGGCGACCAAGACAGUUUACAUUCCCUCUGAUAUAGCUGUGUUCAAUUCGGUUUUUUGUUAUGUGUUAUCACUUGUCGAUAGUAAAAAAUGACAUAGAUAUAUACAUUUAGAUCUUAACAUGUACCGUUUUCUUUAUGACAGCGUUUAGUUCUAAAAAUGUUUUUGAUAUCAACAUGCAUAUGUGAUCAUCUUGAAAUCUUUUUUUUUUUUUUAAUUUCAUUUGCUUAAGAUUUAUUCAAUAAGUUACAAUCAAUUACAGAUGGAGGCAACAGUUGUUAUUCGGUUAAGAUUUGUUUUUUAAAAGAUAUCCGUUUAAUAAACAAUAUACAUGUACCAUGCAGCUACCCCUGCGUGAUCAUGCCAUAAAUGAUUGUGUACAGCAAGAAAUGAAUGUAUAUGUAUUUGUACCUGAUAAUUACCUGCAGUAGUUUGAAUUAUUUUUUUGAUUUCCUACAUAAAUAUAAAAAAAACUCUGACUUUUUGUGUAAAAUUAUUAAGACAAUGUUUAGAUACGACUAAUGUAUGUGAAAUCACGAAUUAAGCAAUUGUCUUUCCUAUCUUUAAUUAAUGUAUUUGGACUUUUAUAUGAUUUAUAGAAAUUCGAUAAAAUAGAUUUUAUUACAGUAACUAUCAAUAAAAAUAUAUGAAAAAAGUUCUGAGGAAAAAUAAGGCAUGUGAAAUUUAGGCCUUUCUAUAUCCGUUGUGUAUACUUUACAUGUUGCCUCUCGCCUUGUAAAAUUCAGUAUAAAUUGUACCAUAUGCCAGCCCCUAUCAUGGAUGUCGUUAAUUCUUCGUUGUAAAGUUGAAAAAUGGUUCUUCAAGAAAAAUUAAUCAUUUGAAUGUUGAAAUUGAAACUUUUGAAUGAGUUUCCUUUUUACACUAAUUGUAUGCGUUAACUUACAGAUCUUGAGAAAGUUUUUUUUGGUGUUUUUUUGUACUGAAAAGCGAUUUGAUGUAGUAUACCCUUCAUAUUCAUGUGAUACACAUUUCAUAUUAUGACGUCAUAAGUGUCAUGGUGUAAUACUCAAGACAUGUUACAUGUAUUUAUAAACCAUGCCAUCACGCUUUAUAUAUUUUGUAUGUAAAUGACACUUAUAUCUAGACAAAAAUAAAAAAAAAAGUAAC